UAUUGACCAAACAAAUAAGUUUCACAGUGAACUGCAGUUGCGUGCGGAUGUUUACUAAUUUAUGAGGUACUAUGUUCAUUCACUUUAGUGUGGGCUACGAUUUAUGAUAAUGACUUUGUAACGAGCGUUAAGUUUUACGUCAAAUUAACCUAUGACUCAAUACUGAGAAUAAACAAUGGAAACUCGGUGCGUCGGGUGGCUAUGUAUACUAGUAGUCGUGUUGUGGUUCCGCGUCGGCGUGGGCGACCGCGGCGACUACAUCGGCUGCUACCGGCUUAAGGUGGACGACAUCCUCAACACGCACACCGGCCAGUCCGUGGACGUGUGCCUGUCGGCCUGCGAGCAGGUCUACUACAAGUACGCGCUCAUCGGCAACGAGUCCACGUGCUUCUGCAGCAACUCCCCCGGCACCUUUAAGCUCCCGUUAGACUCCUGUGACUCGCCUUGCCCUAAAAACGAGACUCAGAAAUGCGGGGGUGUUAAUGCUGCGAGCGUAUACGAUACCGAAGUGGUCGCGCCCGGCCCGCCAGAGCCCGUCAACGUCACCAGGGUCACCGAGACCACUGUUAGAAUAACUUGGAAACAGCCUGACGCCCAUUCUGAUAUUACAGGGUAUGUGAUAAAAGCUGAUGUUGUGACAACUUAUGCUGAAAAUCCUUCCAGCUCUCCAGAAUGGAGGGUCCCUAACAAUACAUUCAGUUUGGAACUACCUAACUUGUAUCCCGGCUCAAGCUACAUUAUCAGUGUGGCAGGAGCAAAUGAUGAUGAUGAGGGCCCCCCAGCUACAACUAGAGUGGAAACUAUAAUUGGAACACCAGAUCCAAGUCCCCCUGAUAUAAUAGUUAAAGAAAGACGAGGUGACCAGAUGUUAGUGCAUAUUCCUGAAGCUAAAAAUGUAAAUGGGCCAGUCUCCAUGUACAGAGUGGUGGUGUCUAUUGAACUAUACCAGCAGGGGUUCCUUGUUGAUAACCUUGGCAACUACUCCUAUGCCCAGAGCAUGGACCUCCCUUACUACAUCACAGCAGAGUUAGACCCUGAUGACAUUAAAGCUGACUUUGUUAUAGGAGAUGGACAUACUUACAAUGGCUUUCAGAAUGUCCCGUUGCUAUUGGUCAGUGACAUUGAUGUAUCUCUUGGCAUAGUAAGUGAGAAAAAUCAUGUCAGAAAAAUUAGGUAUGCCGAGUCUACCAAGAAAAUAAUACUGAACAUAAAUGAACCAGAAGAUAUCAACCCGAUGGUAGUUGCCUUAGGGGCUGGUAUUGCUAUCGGGGUAGUCCUCUUGCUAAUCGGAGUAGGUAUGAUCAUAGUUUUAAGAAAAAGAAUUCAUUUGGUUAGAAUGCAGAGAGGUUCACAGUCAAUGCCGCUUAGUCUCAGUGAACCCUGUAUUGAAAUAGAAAACUCUGGCUUUUUACAAGAUGAGGUUGAGAAAAUAGACUAUUACGGAAACUUAAAAAGAAAAUUAUGGAACAUACCAAGGAAUCUCAUUGAUAUAGAUAUUUCUUGUGUUGUUGGUUUGGGGAACUAUGGGAAGUUCACUAAGGCUAAAGUCCAACAGCAUGGAGGACUGACUUCAGGGCUGGUGCAGGUCAUCAGCGACCGGGAAAUGGAGAAGCCUGACAAGAAGCUUAUGCUACAGGAGCUGGACCUCCUGAUCAAGACUAGUGAACAUGAAAAUGUAAUCUCCCUUAUUGGCAUCAGUGAAACUAACACUACACUAUUUGUUGUACUCCAAGAUACUAAAUACACUUUGAAGGAGAUGCUUUUACAAAGCAGACAGAGGGAUUUGCAGAACAAUAAAUUCUGCCUCAUCACUGAGAAUAAGCUGCUCCAGCUUUGUGCUGAUAUUGCAGCAGGCAUGGAGUACCUCCACAGCAAGUCAGUGACGCACAAACGGCUAAGCUGUCGCAACAUCGUGAUCGGCGAAUCCGGAGCCGCAAAAGUGUCUGGCUUUGGUUUAUCGCACAUCAGGCCGCUACAUGAAACCCCAGAAUACACUCGAUGGACGGCGUGCGAGAUGUUACGACAGACGAGAUUUAACCCUAAAGCGGAUGUGUGGUCGUUUGGGUGCCUUAUGUGGGAAGCGCUAACGUUAGGCGCGACGCUGUACGCAAGCACGCCGAACAAGGAUGUGGCGCCUCGAGUGUUGCGCGGCAUGCGCGCGAGCCAGCCGUCGUACGUCGGCGACGAGCUGUUCCACCUGUGCCUGCAGUGCUGGCAGGUGGAUCCGGACGAGCGGCCCACAUUCUCCACGCUGCUAGACGAGCUCCUGCCGCUCUCGGAGGCCGCUGGAACUCGUAGUCUCAGCUUCACACACUAUAACGGAUUCGAAUACGAACCGCACGUGCCACAGUACGAAAUCGCUUAGAAUUUCUGCAGUACUUACAACAACGCUCACCAGCGAACCAGUUUACAUCUGAUCUCUGUUACGAAUAGUUGUUACGAAUCUCGAGGUCAAAGUAUACUAGAACUAGUAGAUAUGAUAUGUAAGCAUUAGGUAGCUGUUGUGACAUAAGAAUCUCAUUAGAUUCUCAAGUUGUAGGACAAUAUUUAUGUAGGCAACUUUGUAUCCAAAGAUUUAAGACAGCUUUAGGCAGCCUCUUCACUAUUGUCUAUUAUUUGUGUAAUAAAAGUGACCUUAUCUUUAUUACUGAGUAGUU